AUGCAGACACUGGAGCAAAUGGAAGUGACUGACCACAGUCUGUUUGGCUUGGACCGCUACACAGGACAGAUCAGGACACUUCGCUCAUUCACAGAGACAGACGAGGCCCAGCACAAACUCGUCAUACUGGUCAAAGACAAUGGCAACGUGUCGCUCUCAGCUACAGCUACUGUGCUUGUCAAAGUGGUGGAGGCCAGAGAGGCGUCUGCAGCUUCUGACGUGAAGAGCUCCGCUAAAGACGCUGAGGACACUAAUGUGACUUUUUACCUGAUGAUAACUCUGGCCUCGGUCUCAGCUCUGUUCAUUAUCAGUAUCAUUGUGCUGAUUGCAAUGCAGUGCUCCAAGUCCAGCACUGACUACACCUCCAAGUACUUACAGGACACAAACUAUGACGGGACUCUGUGCCACAGCAUCCAGUACAGAUCUGGAGACAAGCGCUACAUGUUAGUGGGACCCAGAAUGAGCGUAGGCUCCACUAUAGUCCCAGGGAGCCAAGCCAACACACUAGUGCUGCCGGACAGGAGGAGGCCCUCUGAGGAGUGCGCUGUGGCUCAGAUCAGAUACUCUGUCCCGGAGGAGGUGAGGGACGGGACUGUUGUUGGAAAUGUCGCAAAGGAUCUUGGUCUGGAUGUGUCCUCUUUGCGUGAGAGACGGUUCCGUGUUGUUUCUGAAUCAAAUGAUGAUAUUUUUGCGGUAAACGCAGAUGACGGCGCUUUGUACGUCCACGGCCACAUUGACAGAGAGCAGCUGUGUCAGGGCAGCGAAGUGACCUCUUUGUCAAACACAGUGUCUGAAAACUCCAAACCAGGGACAGUAGUUUCUCUCAUCCGCGUCAAAGACAAAGACUCUGGAGUGAAUGGUAAAAUCAUCGCUCACAUCACAAACAACGUGCCUUUUGAGCUCAAACCCUCGUAUAAAGAAAACACAUAUUCAGUUGUCACUAAAGACUUCCUGGACAGAGAGAAGGAAGUGACUGACCACAGUCUGUUUGGCUUGGACCGCUACACAGGACAGAUCAGGACACUUCGCUCAUUCACAGAGACAGACGAGGCCCAGCACAAACUCGUCAUACUGGUCAAAGACAAUGGCAACGUGUCGCUCUCAGCUACAGCUACUGUGCUUGUCAAAGUGGUGGAGGCCAGAGAGGCGUCUGCAGCUUCUGACGUGAAGAGCUCCGCUAAAGACGCUGAGGACACUAAUGUGACUUUUUACCUGAUGAUAACUCUGGCCUCGGUCUCAGCUCUGUUCAUCAUCAGUAUCAUUGUGCUGAUUGCAAUGCAGUGCUCCAAGUCCAGCACUGACUACACCUCCAAGUACUUACAGGACACAAACUAUGACGGGACUCUGUGCCACAGCAUCCAGUACAGAUCUGGAGACAAGCGCUACAUGUUAGUGGGACCCAGAAUGAGCGUAGGCUCCACUAUAGUCCCAGGGAGCCAAGCCAACACACUAGUGCUGCCGGACAGGAGGAGGCUCUCUGAGGAGGAAGUGACUGACCACAGUCUGUUUGGCUUGGACCGCUACACAGGACAGAUCAGGACACUUCGCUCAUUCACAGAGACAGACGAGGCCCAGCACAAACUCGUCAUACUGGUCAAAGACAAUGGCAACGUGUCGCUCUCAGCUACAGCUACUGUGCUUGUCAAAGUGGUGGAGGCCAGAGAGGCGUCUGCAGCUUCUGACGUGAAGAGCUCCGCUAAAGACGCUGAGGACACUAAUGUGACUUUUUACCUGAUGAUAACUCUGGCCUCGGUCUCAGCUCUGUUCAUUAUCAGUAUCAUUGUGCUGAUUGCAAUGCAGUGCUCCAAGUCCAGCACUGACUACACCUCCAAGUACUUACAGGACACAAACUAUGACGGGACUCUGUGCCACAGCAUCCAGUACAGAUCUGGAGACAAGCGCUACAUGUUAGUGGGACCCAGAAUGAGCGUAGGCUCCACUAUAGUCCCAGGGAGCCAAGCCAACACACUAGUGCUGCCGGACAGGAGGAGGCCUUCUGAGGAGGAAGUGACUGACCACAGUCUGUUUGGCUUGGACCGCUACACAGGACAGAUCAGGACACUUCGCUCAUUCACAGAGACAGACGAGGCCCAGCACAAACUCGUCAUACUGGUCAAAGACAAUGGCAACGUGUCGCUCUCAGCUACAGCUACUGUGCUUGUCAAAGUGGUGGAGGCCAGAGAGGCGUCUGCAGCUUCUGACGUGAAGAGCUCCGCUAAAGACGCUGAGGACACUAAUGUGACUUUUUACCUGAUGAUAACUCUGGCCUCGGUCUCAGCUCUGUUCAUCAUCAGUAUCAUUGUGCUGAUUGCAAUGCAGUGCUCCAAGUCCAGCACUGACUACACCCCCAAGUACUUACAGGACACAAACUAUGACGGGACUCUGUGCCACAGCAUCCAGUACAGAUCUGGAGACAAGCGCUACAUGUUAGUGGGACCCAAUGAGCGAGUGGAGGAGAUCCCCCGCAAUGUGAACGCAGGACACUUGGUGACUAAAGUCAGGGCCUAUGACGCGGACAUCGGAUAUAACGGCUGGCUGCUGUUUUCACUGCAGGAAGUGACUGACCACAGUCUGUUUGGCUUGGACCGCUACACAGGACAGAUCAGGACACUUCGCUCAUUCACAGAGACAGACGAGGCCCAGCACAAACUCGUCAUACUGGUCAAAGACAAUGGCAACGUGUCGCUCUCAGCUAGAGCUACUGUGCUUGUCAAAGUGGUGGAGGCCAGAGAGGCGUCUGCAGCUUCUGACGUGAAGAGCUCCGCUAAAGACGCUGAGGACACUAAUGUGACUUUUUACCUGAUGAUAACUCUGGCCUCGGUAUCAGCUCUGUUCAUCAUCAGUAUCAUUGUGCUGAUUGCAAUGCAGUGCUCCAAGUCCAGCACUGACUACACCUCCAAGUACUUACAGGACACAAACUAUGACGGGACUCUGUGCCACAGCAUCCAGUACAGAUCUGGAGACAAGCGCUACAUGUUAGUGGGACCCAGAAUGAGCGUAGGCUCCAUAGUCCCAGGGAGCCAAGCCAACACACUAGUGCUGCCGGACAGGAGGAGGCCCUCUGAGGAGUACGUAAAGGGCACGGCAGAGCAGCCAGGAGCUCGCAUCCAGGUGUGGCAUUUGGAGAAGAGCCUCUUCCCCUGGUGCUUGUGUUUCUGCCCAGAGUCUUAA